GUGCUAACCGCGCCUAGUCUACCAAACUAAAACAAAAUAAAAGAAGAACUUCACCCGUCGAAAAAGAUGGCGGGUACUUUGAAAGAGAAACAGUUGGCUGAACAAGUUUAUAAUAAGCUUCAGGGCCUGAGGUGCCCCUUGGUGGAGGGGCUGUUUUUGCAGGAGGCGGACGGUAUGAAAGAUCUGCUCUGCGCCCCCUCCCAACACCGCACAAAUAUUCUCAAAUGGAUUUGUGGAAGCUGUUCUCCAUCGCUGAAGGAGAAGCUCUCAGCUCUUCGAUCGACACAGACUGACGUGCUGAUUCAAGAGAUGACGCACUUUGGCUACGAGAUGAUGCUGUGCAGAUGUGAUGACCUGGAUCUGAUCAAGGGCCUGGCCCCGCCCCUCAGACAGCUUCACUUCAUGGAGCAGCUGCUGACCCUGGUCCCAGAGACGCAGAGCGAGAGUGCAGAUGUGAGUGUGGGGGAGGUGCUGGUUCAGAAUGAGGAGUUUUUGGGGGAGCUCAUGUCCGUUCCUGCUCAGCUGUUCGCCCUCCUGAACCCCAACUGCGACCCCUGGAGCGCCGACCUGAAGGAGCUGCUCCGCAAACGAGCCCCUCAGGGCAAGAGGGGGCAGAACAGACCAGUGUGUGGGAGUCGGGCUGAACACACCGUGGAGGAAGCGAGCGCGAUGCUGCAGUCAACUCAGCGUGUGCUGGAGGACCUGCACAAGGAGUGUGUGUUCCUGCAGUCGGAGGGUGUGUCUCCCAGGCCACGCCUCUCCCCCUGUGCGCUGCGAUUGGCUGUUUCGGACCUGUCUCAGCUGAUGUCAGCGUUCAGUCAGUCCUUCAACGCGGAGUUCAAAGGUUACUGCCAGCUGAAGCCCCCGGGCCUGUCCCCCGACUCACAGAGCUUCCACACUGUGCACCAGCUGCUGCUGUCCUGCAACCAGGAGCUGCAGGCCCUGGAGCAGCUGGCAGACACCUCCAGCACCGUGUCGGUGACCGCCAGGAACAUGCAGACAGACAGGCAGCACUGGGGAGACGGACAGAAGCACACAAUGCCUGCCAGACUGGAGGAGCUGAAGAAGAGAUACUCAGAGUUCCUCUCGCUGCGUCCGGCCUGACGAGGGGCCGCGUGACCGCCGCCGCCGCAGUGCAUUCUGGGACAGAGACGACACCUGCAGCGCAGAACAUCGCCCGCCCCGCAUCACACCCCGGACGAGAGAUGGCCCCCACAGCGUCGCGUCGCGCCUCGAAACUUAAGAAUGCGCCCACGUCGUCUUCUGACACCCAUAUCCCUACAUCGGUCUCCGACAAGACAAAAUGGCCGCCACAUCCGAUCCCCGAGGGACGAAGAAGAGUUUGCCCACUUUAGAUAAAGACAUGUCACAGAGUGCACGUCACUAUUGCAAUAUUACACAUGUAGCAUACUGCUAACACUGCGCUGUGUUUGUCUGUAGGGGUCCGCGUCUGUUUGUAUGUCUAUUUCUGUACAAAGCUCGUUGGCGCCUUGCAUGGCAGCCAGUCGCCGUUGGUGUGCGAAUGGGCGAAUCAGAGGGAUCAAUUGUACAGCGCUUUGGAUAAAGGCGCUAUAGAAAUGCCAACCAUUUACCAAUGUACAAAUCUGCUGGACAUGGAGUCCCGGCUGUUUACUAAUAAAAUCUGUUCACUAAUGCA